AUGAGAGGUGAGGUUCUCCCGGACUGGGGUUGGAUAUUCAAAGAGGUCACCGUCACCUUCAUCGUCAUGGCAGGUCUGGUGGGCAACUGCCUGUCGUUCGUGGUGAUGAAGUCCAAGUACCUUCGCGUGAAGUCCUACAGCCACUACCUGUGUGCGCUGGCCGUGUUCGACUCCCUGGUCCUCAUCAACCAACAGAUCCGACUGGUCGACGAGCUCCUGUUGUACUUCGGCAAACCCGGCGUCUGGUCCGUCUUCACGGACAUCAGCUGCAAGAUCUACGCCUUCUCCGAGUCCGUCUGCUAUCUCAUGUCGUCCUGGCUGAUCGUCACGAUGGCUGGGGAGAGGCUACUCGUCGUCUUCUUCCCCUUCAGGAGAAACUCGCUCGUCACGCAGAAAGGAGCCGUGGCGGUGAUCCUCUCCAUGUUCGCCCUGAUGUCGUACACCCAGGUUUUUCGCAUCAUCAUGGUGAAGAAGGUGGGCUCCCAGUGCGAGAGCUCGCCCCGUCUGGCGGUGUACUACACCAACCUGCACUUCUACUUCUACCAGUUGACACUCAUCCUGCUCCUGCCCUUCGUCGCCGUCUGCAUCUGCAACGUGCUUGUCGUCUGCAAGAUUAAGAGCGUGGGCAGGGCGACGUCCAAUUCGGAGUCCACGCGAUUCACGCGCUGCUCUCAGCGCAGACACAAGACAACCAUGAUGCUGCUGACGAUCUGCUUCACGUACGUGUUGACCCUCUUACCGCUUGUCGUGUUGACCUUCACGAUCGUCAUCGUCCUCAAGACAUGUAGUCUCGACCUCGCGAGACACUUCGUCUUCACGCUCACGCCGUGGAAAGACGUCUUCUUGGCCAUUUCGCAGGUUAAUUACGCGGCCAAUUUCUACAUAUACAUUCUCUCUGGGAGCAAUUUUCGUAUUCAGCUGAGUCGAAUAUUCUUCAAGGACAAAAUGACCAACACCAACAGCACAAAGACUAGAGAAGAUAUCAUGCUGUUAUGACGGUUCCAGAUCGGUUUGGACUUAAUCACUGGUAGGUCCAAACAUAAUGUGUAGAUUGAAGCUACAUGGAUUUUUUUACUAGGACCGAACCGAAUGGCUCACAAAGAUGUGAACGCGUUUUAUGACGACAUUAUUGAUAGUCAAGAAUUGUUGAUGUCAGUGGACGCUGUAUAUGAUGUUCGGGUGUUGAAGGUGUUCAUAUAUAAAAACAAAUCAUUUUCAUCGUCUCUCUCUCUCUCUCUCUCUCUCUCUCUCUCUCUCUCUCUCUCUCUCUCUCUCUCUCUCUCUCUCUCUCUCUCUCUCUCUCUCUCUCUCUCGCUCGCUCGCUCCAAGGAUAAUGAAACAUUGUUGGCUCUGGCGUGGAGUUUCUUUCCAAAGGACAUAGACCUCUGAGGACAAUACUACAAGGCUUAUAAUUGUGUGAAAUUUAAUAUGCGAUAUUAACGACAAUCGUGUGUAUGAAUUGUAAUAGCAAACAUCGUGGUAUGCGAUAUCUUGUUUAAAAGUGUGUAUUAAAUAGUUAAAGUGAAGCCAACGUCUGAACUUUCCCUUACUGAUCAAACAAUGACUUAAUUCCAGAUUAAUGUAAGUGUAGUUUCCAUGACAACUGCAUCUGAUUACUCGUAUACGAUUUGUAUUAACAAACGCCGUGGUAGGUGAUACCCUGUUCAAAAUGUACAUUUAAAGGAGCACAACCUUCAAUGUGUCCGAUUCUGACCAAACGUGACUUCUUCUUCUUCUUCUUUCCAAACUCAUUGCUUAUCAUUAUGUGAAAACUCAUUACGAUACUAACUACAACUGUAUACA